GCGGGGCCAAUCACCAGAAAGCCCCGCCGGGCUCGCGUAGGCUGCGCGAUCGCGGUGGGAGGGGCGCGGCACGGCGUCCGGAGCCGUCGCCGUACCUGUCUGCCCGCCUGCUUGCCCGCCAAUCCCUCCCGCAGCCCAGCCCGCCUGCUGGGCAGGGCCGGCUCGGCCCGACCAUGGAGUCUUACGACAUCAUUGCCAACCAGCCCGUGGUCAUCGACAACGGUUCAGGGGUGAUCAAGGCUGGCUUUGCAGGAGACCAGAUUCCCAAAUACUGUUUCCCAAACUAUGUUGGGCGGCCUAAACACAUGCGAGUGAUGGCUGGAGCCCUGGAGGGGGACCUCUUCAUCGGACCAAAAGCAGAGGAGCACCGGGGGCUGCUGACCAUCCGCUACCCCAUGGAGCACGGCAUGGUGCGGGACUGGAACGACAUGGAGCGCAUCUGGCAGUACGUCUACUCCAAGGAUCAGCUGCAGACCUUCUCCGAGGAGCAUCCUGUUCUCCUAACGGAGGCCCCACUCAACCCAAGUAAGAACCGGGAGAAGGCCGCAGAGGUGUUCUUUGAGACCUUCAAUGUGCCAGCCCUGUUUAUCUCCAUGCAGGCCGUGCUCAGCCUGUACGCAACAGGACGCACAACAGGAGUGGUUUUAGACUCGGGGGAUGGGGUCACUCAUGCUGUCCCCAUCUAUGAGGGCUUUGCCAUGCCACACUCCAUCAUGCGGGUGGACAUUGCCGGCCGUGACGUCUCCCGCUAUCUCCGGCUCCUGCUGCGCAAGGAAGGGGCUGACUUUCACACCUCAGCAGAGUUUGAAGUUGUCCGGACCAUCAAAGAGCGAGCCUGCUACCUGUCCGUCAACCCACAGAAAGACGAGGCUCUGGAGACGGAGAAGGUGCAGUACACCUUGCCUGAUGGCAGCCUGCUCGACGUGGGGCCUGCACGAUUCCGAGCCCCUGAGCUGCUGUUCCAGCCUGACCUGGUCGGGGAUGAGAGCGAAGGGCUCCACGAGGUGUUGGCCUUUGCCAUCCACAAGUCAGACAUGGACCUUCGGCGGACGCUGUUUGCCAACAUUGUGCUCUCAGGGGGCUCAACGCUUUUUAAAGGCUUCGGUGACCGAUUACUAAGUGAAGUGAAGAAGCUUGCCCCAAAGGAUGUCAAAAUCAAGAUCUCAGCUCCUCAGGAACGGCUGUACUCCACGUGGAUUGGUGGCUCCAUCCUGGCCUCGCUGGACACUUUUAAGAAGAUGUGGGUAUCCAAAAAGGAGUAUGAAGAGGAUGGCUUCCGUGCUAUUCACCGCAAAACCUUCUAGUGCCCAGGGAGGGUGGUGGGUGUUGGGAGAAGGGGAGGAAAGGGGAGCCAGAGUCCUUAACCCUUUUUUGGUCUGGGCUCACAUUCUAGCCUAGGGUCCCCUGCAUGCCCUGAACCCCCAGGCAGGGUGCAACAGUACUCCCCUGCAGCCCUCCCCUCUGUGUGCUCACACACACACACACACACAGAGGCAUUAGCUGCAUGGACAGGAGUUUGAGCUGGAGCAUAGGAAUUGAGAAGCCCAGCGUUGAGUGGUUCUAGGUGUCUCCCUUUGGCAUGACCACUUAGGCCUGUGGUUUCUAACUCCAACUCUCAGGGCUGCUUCCCCGAACUCCCAGGGCCAGAGUGCCUGGAUGCCUGUGUAACUAGCCUUGAAUGGGGUGGAGGAGGGGGUGGCCAGAAGCUCCCGCUGGUGCAUCAUCGAGUCCCAUGCCACCUCCUCUGUCUGACCUGACAGGACAGCCCAGACCCUCUCACACUCUGUCCUCCCAUCUUCCUGGACAGAUUCCCUGGAGUAGGGCUGAGUACUGGGCAGUCUUCCAUCCCCAGUGAGGGUGUGUGGCCCAGGGUAAGACCCUUCAGAGCCAAGGUAGAGGGUGCGCAGUGGCCACAGUUUGUCUCACUCUUCAAAGCACUUCACUGACUUUUUGCUCCCUCUCUGUGACACCCCCGGAACCUGAAUGGGAAAGGGUUAAUGGUUUUCACUUGUUGAGGGGAGCCAUUGAUCAGAAGUCAUAUCUAAGUGGGGAGGUGUAUUUCCUUCUCACAUCCCCCAAGAAAGAGGUCUUCACUGUGGCCACAGCCCCACCUCCCUCUCUUAGAUAUGUACAAUAAUUUAACACAGUUGCCUGAAAAAAACCUUUUUUUUGUAAAUCAUUAUAGUAAUAGUUACAGACAAGGCACAGUGUGUGGCUCUGUU